CGGUACGGUGCCGGUAGUUGAUUGAUAGAGUAUUGAUAGAUUAGAUUGGAUGUUGACAUAUUUGGGUACCGUACUACACUGUAGCAUGAUAGUUCACACCACGUUAGCAGGCUAUCAUUUGUUUGCUGUAUCCCUUUCCAAGAGUGUCCAAAUUUCAAGGAUCCCCCACACCUCCUUGGGGUGAAGAAAGUGGGGUGGUUAAGCGGUUCAACUGACAAACAUUACGUACUCCAUGGUAUCCAACAGGUAGAUAUCAAUAAAAAGGGUCAAGGCAAAAACUUUCUUUAGUAGCUAGCCAGAUGUCAGUGAUUGAUCUCUCUCACUGGCUCGGAAGAGGGGGCUCACAACAGCGCAGUUCCGUGGGGAGCAAUUAGAUCUAGCAAUGUAACCCGUUUUACACCAAGAUUUCGAGGUGCGCUGUUCAGCAUGACAUGAAAAGCCUUUUCGAUGUCUUUUAGCGAUCUUUCGUGCGUUCAAAGGCAAAGAUCCUGUGCCGAUCAGCUCAGUGCUGCCAACAAACCCAUAAACAUACCACCUCUUCUUCCGAGUAUCUAUCUUCCGUUGUGAUUGUGUUGAGAGGUAGAGCCUCUGAUGUAUCGGCAUACCAUUCAGAGUGGACUACGGGGGAUAUCUUUUGCAUUGGUUGUGUCGUUGUCAUUGCUACAGCCUUGGUUCGGUGCCGCCCAGAACAUCACGAACUGCAAUGGCCCUCGCACUCCAGGCGCACUCCGAGCCGCCUUGCUGGACGACUACGACUCCUUCACUCGUCCAGGUGAAGCCUUGGCGUUCUCGAAUGGGACGAAUCCCAUUGACGCUCCACCCGAUGUAGCUCGCAUUCAAUUGCAUGUUCUGUCAUUGAAUGCCGUCGACCAAAAACGAAACGAAUACGAGCUAAGUGUUUGGUUUCGACGAAGCUGGCAGGAUUUUAGAUUGCGGUACACUCCCCAGUCACAAGGUGGUUGCUUUCCAGAUGACGGCAGAGUUGGAUUUCCCGAAGAUGUACUCAAAAAUAUCUGGCAGCCUGACUUUUACAUUGAGAAUCUGGCCAAACCCUACAGCCGCAUCGCCGGUUCUGUGUGGGUAUAUCCCUCGGGAAGAGUCAUCCAUGUCAGUCAGUUGGAUAUGGUGUUGGCAUGCCAAAUGCAGUUUGAUGACUUUCCUCGAGACGUACAAACCUGUGGCUUUCGAGUUGGAACGUUUCUGGAGGAUGCCAAGGGAGUCACUCUGGAUUUCUUUGAUAAUUUGGAGCCGGUCACAUUGGCCCAAGACAAUCAGCAAGAAGGCUCGCUGCCACACGGAGGCACCACAGAAUGGAGAAUCCAAGGCGCCAGAGGCGUGGAUAUUUCGGGUGUCGGAGGAGCCACCCAGGCGGAAUCUACUGUAGAAGUCCAGUUUGACUUUGCGAGAAACUCCGAAUACUAUUCGGACUUUGUGAUUACUCCAGCUGUCAUGUUUGUGGUCAUUGGUUGGAUCAGUUUCUUCCUCAAUCGAUCGGCGGCUCCCGCACGUGUUGCCAUGUCCAUGAUUGGUUUCUUGGCCAACACCAAUUUUUUAGCCGCUCAGCUGGGACAGCUGCCCCGGCUGGGAAACGAUGUCUGGUUGCUAACAUUUCUCUCCAUAUCGGCCUGGUUUUCCUUCUAUGCCAUUGUCGAAUACGUCGUUUGCAACUGGUUGCGGCGCAUUCAAGCCCGUAUCGAUGGUGCACGGAAAAAGACAGAAGAGCUCGUCAAAGCAAGAGUCAAGGCAGAUAAAAAGCGCAGCAAGAAGAAGAAGAAACACAAUAAUUCCUAUGAUGAAGACGAGGAAAUGGGCAGUCCUCAACCAGGCGUCAUGCAUGUAUCCAAGGCUGACAUGAUUGAAAACGGUUUCCAUAAUAAAAUGGAUCUGUUGAUGAUGAAGGACGAUACCGAAAUGUACUUUAGUGACGAACACGUCGAUGUCUUUUCUCGGUACGCAUAUCCCAUCACCUACUUGAUUGUAUUCUUGGUGAUGUGGUUUGGCUAAUAAUAAAGAAGCAGCACACAACACAACAAGCACGUAACUGUACCAAUUCAGUGAGGUCGGCAUGCGAAGUGCUACAUGUAGUAAAGUAAAAGAUAUAUUUAGAAAUCUAGUGGUAUCAAUAUGUGUUUCCGUUGGUGCUGAAAAACAAUCCUACUGCAUAGAGACUGCUUGAACCGACACAUACAUG